CUCAUCCAUCAGAACCAAAUCGACAAAAAAUAAUAAUAACGCAACUUGGAAGUCAGUUUUGGAAAUGCAUAUCAGCAUAUAUUAACAGGCAACUCAUUCCACCUGCAAUUCAGACCGGUACCAAACAAACAGUUGGCAGUCGGUUUCCAGGACCGGAUUCCCGGCAACGGUUCCGGUUACCAUUGGAAUAUCUACCAAACAAUCUGCUCCAGAGUGAAUCAUUCCCGGCAUUCAGUGGGAAACAGGACAGGUACCUUCACAGUAACCCGUUAGCACUCGAAGAAGUAAGUAACCAUGUCGUCGGAACGUGCCGUGGCCACUUGUGAGAAACCGUUGCAGCAUUUGAGCCUUCCUGAUUGGCAUGCCCGCAUGAUACAGCUGAAAAGUGUGGCUUACUGUAAAAGGGCGGAAGCAUUCGAGCUGAGACACUCUGCCCGGAAUCUAAGGAACGAAACCCGGAUUCAGACCUUCUGGGACACUUAUCAUAACAAUGAUAAGCUAUCGGAUCGGGUGGCCGAAUUGGAUCGCUGGAGGGAAACCAUGCGGCUGCUGCUCAAGCGAGUCAAUGAUGAGAUCUGUGCCCUGAAGGAGCAAAAAUCCCACACCGAGAGGGAUUUGGACGCCUUGAUUAUGCCCCUGACAGUGGUCACCGAUGCCAUAAGUAUGCGAGAUUGUCGCCUCGGAUCGGAGUUGACUUACGACGAUGGUGAUACGGAGCUGAAGAACGAACUCUGUAUCGUGGAGAGUAAUCAGCGUUUGCUGAGGGAUCAAAGUCAGGGCGCCUGGGAACAGUUGAACCGUUUACAGGAAGUGAAAUUCAAAUUGGAACUGGAUUUGACCGAUAAGGACGAAGCUCAAGCCAUCGAUCAGAAUCAGUUGGGGGUUAACGAACAUUGCUCCAAUGUUACUCUGAAGACUGAACCGUUGCGGGUUCCCAGAAAUGCCUGCACCUACAAAAAUUGGUUGGAAUACUGUGAGGAGUUGGUGGCGUUUGCGGAGAAAAAUCUUGCGGAUUCGGCUGCGGUAAGAGAAUCGCUUUUCGCUACCCGGGAAAAAGCGAAAAACAUUCUGAAGGCUCAGCAGGAUCGGACGGCUCACACGCUGAGGAAGAGGAUUUUCGAAACACAGCGAUCCCGGAAUGAGUUGGAGUAUCAACUGGAUAAGAUGAAGGAAGAAAUGGGAAAGUGUUCGACCGAGAUCGACACCCUGGAGCAGGCCUGCAACGACGCUAUGGAAUCGCUGAAAGUGAACGAAACUCGGCUGGAAAAUCGUGCCCAACGGUCCGGAAUGGAGCUCUGCAUUGACGAAUCCUUUCACGGGCUGAGCAGCGAGCAGCACCAGCUCGAAGCCACGAUCAAGAUCCUCCGGGAGAAGAUAAGCGCCACUCGGACAAUGUACAACGGCCUACACGAGCUGUCCAAGAAGAUCGAUACCGAUUUGCAGAACAAACAGCACUCGCUCAUGACGGACAUCCGGUCGUUGGAUUUGCGGGCCCGUCUCGCAUCCUCCGAAAAGCCAACGCAAACCGAACGGAAUAUUCAGCUGAGCCAUUUGGACCAGGAAAUACCGAAAACAUAAAUCAAACGCUCACUCACCCAAAUCGAGAGACAGAGAGAGAGAGAGUUAGAGGCGCGGAGGGAAAUCGAUACCAUUUAUACAUUUCAUCGCUUCAAUUUCGCACCUUCACCAUUCACGAGCAUAGCAUGUCUCCAGUAAUGCCCGAACAGGUUCACACUUGUUCUUCUCGGGGCGGACAUACAAAAAAAAACAAAUUUUUGCACUCACCUGCACCGUUUCAACUUAGGCCUGCCGGAUUAAGUGAGGCACCAUUAGUGAAGAUCAGCACGAAUCAGCGAAAAUCGCUCCAAAAUGAACAGGAAAUUUAGCUUCAAUGAUGUGUGCCGAUCAAGAUGCGAAUUUGAUUGACUUUUUAGCACCAUAUAAAUAUGCGAUCGAUCUGGACUUGGAGCCGUGAACGAUAUUAAGCAUCGAAUGAAAUUAUCUGAAUUCCGAAAACAAAUUGAUUUGCAAGUUUAAAUCUA